CUGAGACCCUGUCUCCCUUCCCUCUCUUUUUCUCUCUUUUAGUGUCCUUGCCCAGUCGGUUGUGCAACACCACCACGCACGAGGCCUCGACUCAGAAAUCUUCCUCACUCUCGCCUCGUGUCUGCUGCAGGCCUGGAACUGUGGCUGGGCCUGUGACUGUCAGCCCGUUGCAGCCCAAAAGGGGACGCUCUCCUCAUUGUCGACACGGUCCCGUUCCCGACAUCUCGACUCGAUCGACUACCCGCCUUGGCCCCCCCCACUCGAUCACUCGUCGCCAGACCCACCGUAUACUCCCCUUCAACAGCCUGAAGGAUCACUACGGCAGGCUGCGUCACUGUCCGUGUCUGCUGCAUCUACGUGCGUCACAUCUGCCGUAACGGGCCGCCGAGUGUUGCACAGGCUGCCCGGCUCCAAGAAGCACGCACGCCUGACCGUCCUCCGCCUGACCGCUGACCAGGCUCUCCGUUCUAUCCCACACAUAAACCUCCAUUCUAAGAUACAUCAACAUUACCCCGCCCCAUCUCGAGACCAUGGCGAGCCAGGGCGCGUCUUCUCUCGACGCGAUAGCCAACGGCCGCCAGCCUCGUAGUCCUCCUACACCAUCCGCCGCAGCCGCUGGUGAUGACCCACAAGACUCGAGGUCUACGUCCUCAGCCAGCACCCCCCUCCCCGCCGAGGAGUCCGAUUUCUACCUCAACGGCAAUGACUCCGAAUCUUCCCUGGGCGUGCCCAACCUGCAGGACAUGCAGGUCACGGACGAAUACGAGUGCUUACCACCGGUCCAGCGGCUGCCCAACGAGAUACUUAUAUGCAUCUUCUCCAAGCUGUCCGCCUCGAGCGAUCUCCUGAACAUUAUGCUCACCUGCAAGCGAUGGUCUAGGAACGCUGUCGACCUGCUCUGGCACCGCCCUGCCUGCACCACGUGGAAAAAGUACGAGAUGGUCUGCAACACCUUAGGCCGCGAGCAGCCCUACUAUGGCUACGCCGACUUCGUCAAGCGCCUCAAUCUGGCCCAGCUAUCAGAUCAGGUCAACGACGGGAGCGUCACCCCUCUGGCCGUCUGCAACCGCGUCGAGCGACUCACCCUGACGGGCUGCAAAGGUCUCGCCGACACGGGCUUGAUUGCCCUCGCCACCAACAGCUCCCACCUCAUGGCCCUCGACAUCUCCGGGGACCAACAGAUCACCGAGGAGUCCAUCAAGGUCAUUGCAGAGCACUGCAGACGCCUGCAAGGCCUGAACAUCUCCAGCUGUGUCAGGAUUGCCAGCGAGUCGCUGGUCCUGCUCGCCGAGAGCUGCAAGCUGCUCAAGCGGCUCAAAUUGAACGACUGUACACAAAUCACCGACGAUGCUGUCCUUGCCUUUGCCGAGCACUGUCCCAAUAUCCUCGAGAUCGACCUGCAGCAGUGCAAGCUGGUGGGAAACACGCCGGUCACGUCUCUCCUGGUCAAGGGCAGCUCCCUCAGGGAGCUCCGGCUGGCCAACUGCGAGCUCGUGGACGACACUGCCUUCCUGUCGCUACCUGCCGGCAAGUCCUACGAACACCUGCGCAUUCUUGACUUGACGUCGUGCGUCAGGAUCACCGACCGUGCUGUCGAGAAGAUCAUCGAGGCCGCCCCUCGCCUGCGGAACGUUGUCUUUGCCAAGUGCCGCAACAUUACAGACCAGGCCGUGUUUGCCAUAUCCCGGCUGGGCAAGAACCUGCACUAUGUGCACCUGGGCCACUGCGUCAACCUGACGGAUGAGGCCGUGAAGCGCCUGGUCCAAUGUUGCAACCGAAUUCGGUAUAUUGAUCUAGGCUGCUGCACACAUCUGACCGACGAGUCCGUCACACGGCUUGCUGUUCUGCCAAAACUCAAGAGAAUUGGUCUGGUCAAGUGCAACAACAUCACCGACACUUCUGUCUAUGCCCUCGCCAAGGCGAAUCAGAGGUAUCGGAGGCCCAGAGAAGGCGACUCUAGAAAUACAGCAGAGUACUUCUCCAGCGGGAGCAGCUUGGAGCGCGUUCACCUGAGCUACUGCACACAGCUCACCCUGAAGAGCAUCAUGAGACUCCUCAAUUCCUGUCCACGACUGACCCAUCUCAGUCUUACCGGGGUCCAGGCUUUCCUUAGGCAGGACUUGGAACAGUUUUGUCGCGAUGCUCCCACUGAGUUCACUGACCACCAGCGGAACGUGUUCUGCGUCUUCUCGGGCGCCGGAGUUUCCAGUCUUCGUCGUCAUCUGAACAGCGAUGUGGCGUUUGCCCACCUGCGGGAUGCGACUCCGAAUGGACAGCCGCGGCAUGCCCAGAAUCCCCUCGACUUCGUCUACGACAACAUGCAACCGCUGGGGGGUGAGCCAGGGCCUGACCUCGGCUUCGACGAGCGGGAAAGGGACGGAAUCGAGGACGACGAUGUUCUUGAUGACGGCAGCGAGAUGGUCGUUGAUGCUGCUCCUCCUCCUCCUCCUCCUCCACCACCCCCACACAACAACCCUGUGCAGGCUCCAGCAGCGGGUGCCAGCCUGAUCCCGCCGCCAUCACAGCCUCAAGCGUCGAGCAACGACUUCCAGUGGAAUCCCCAGAGCCAGCACUGGUACCCAAGGCAACAACAGCACCCGCUCCCGCACAGCGCACCGCUCCCCAACGGACCUACAUUUACGGCCCAGAUGAGUUUUGCGUCUCAGCCUGGUGGCCCACCUUACCCCGAGAUCAGAGCCCCGCCAGCGUAUUGGACGAGUGGGCAGCCGACAGCCAGCACGGCUCCUGUGGGCUUAGGCGGCGGUCCGGGUCCCAGCACGGCGAGCAUGAAUGCAAGUCACAGCAAUAGUGACACCUCUGGCCAACCAGUCCACCCAGGUGAGCCGGGCGAGGCUGAGGACGAGGAUGAUCCGAGCAGCAGCAGUCCUCCUGGGGAUUUGUCAUGA